CAGUGGGGACAGCCCACUGUGUUUUGCUCCUGAGAUAAAGUGCACUCUCCGCUGGCCAUGGAUCCAAAGCUGCAAACGCUCUGCCCUCGUAUUUGAGGGGGGGGAAACAGGCAAGAAAGCUCCUUAUUUCCCCUAAUCAUCAUCAUCAGACCACACAGAGGAGAGGAAGAUGGGAUGCUGCUCAGGACGAUGCGUGCUGAUCCUUCUGUGUUGUGCCCAGUUGAUAACAGCUGUGGAGAGGCAGGUGUUUGACUUCCUGGGCUACCAGUGGGCUCCCAUCAUGAUCAACUUCUUUCACAUCAUUAUGGUCAUCCUGGGCCUGUUUGGCGCCAUACAAUACAGAUCUCAAUAUGUUAUUCUGUACCUGCUGUGGACGGUGUUGUGGAUUGGCUGGAAUGUCUUUGUCAGCUGUCUCUACUUGGAUUUGGCAGGGCUUUCAAAGGACAGUGAUGUCCUGACCCUGGGGGUGUCCUCACACCGCUCCUGGUGGAAGGACAACGGGCCGGGAUGCCAGAGCGGCAGUCUUCCCUCGGCUGUGUGGCACAACCAGCAAAACCCAGAGCUGAGCACCGUGCUGAGCUGCUGGCUCGAAUACCAGUACAUAGAAAUCCUCCACUGCAGUGUCCAGCUGCUGCUAUCGCUUCUGGGAUUAGUUUACGCCUGCUACGUCAUCAUCAGAUUUUCAGAUGAAGAAGAGAGCUAUUAUAAGUAAACACAAAGAAAAAAGCUGAAAGGGAGCAGAGGAUCCAACUCAGAUGGACACAAACAAGGAACAACUAAUCAGCUCUGGUUGGUUGCGAAACCAACACAUCCAAAUGCUGAACCCCAGCUAUUCAUUUUGAUCCACAAGGGGAAUUUCCAGUGAUGUCACAGGGCUCCUUUUAUUUUUGUUUGUCUGAGAGUCCUAUUUGUGUUCAAUUACUUGCGUGUAUGUGCGUGAAAGAUGUGUAUCAGACACUAAAGUCAUGCUUUCAGACAGAGAAGUGGGCUUUUAGAUGUAUAAUGAGUAUCAAUGCCUAGUAUAUGUUAUUUCUUUAUUAUUUUAAUGUUGGUAUGUGUUAUUUCAUAAUGCGGUAUCAUCAAGCGGAAUAAAGUACUCUAUGUCAUAUGUUUCUUUUGGAAAUUUAUUUUCAUAUAGGGCUGCAGAAUGUUUCCAAAAACA